AUGGCCAAGUUCGCCAACUCUUUCGACCUGCUGGGCGAGACCGAAGACAUCGAUGUCAAGGAACUCAUCAGCGCGGUUGAUGAGAGGGCCGAGUUUUUGGAGGUGAAGAAGAAGGCGAUAGAGUCGGCGAAGAAGAAGGCGAUGGAGGAGGAGAAGAGGAAGAAGGAGGCGAUAGAGGCGGCGGAGAAGAGGAAGAAGGAGAAUAAUAAUGGGUUUUACAGAAGAGGCCAGAACAGCCAAAGGGAUUUCAAUUCCCAGAAUUUUCGUGCUGCGCCGAAAUCUGCUGAUGAUACUAGAUCUGUCUCCAGUGCUGCUAGCAUUGUAUUGUCAGAGAUAUCUUUUGGGAGCUUUUGCAAAGCGGAUUUUGAAGAGUUGAUGAAGAAGAAGAAGAAGGAGACUGAAGUUGUUGUGGAGGAUGGAAAGAAAAAGUCAAAUAUCAAUGGAAGUCUGAGGAGAAAACUGAAGAAGAAGAGGAACGAGGAGAAAAGCCACAGCGAGAAUGCAGCAGCUGCUGGUGAUACUACUGGUGCUGCUGUGACUGCUCCUGUUCAGAACAAGCCUACUCUUUCAUACACUUUGAAAGAAUAUGAGAAGAUGAAUAUGAAGAAGAGUGAGAAUCAAGAAACCGCUGUCGAACAGCCGCCUCAGCCUGCACAACGGCAUCCCGAGCAGCCUCAAGACCACCAUCCUGCACAAUGGCAGACCAAGCAGUCUGCACAACAGAAGGCCAAGCAGUCUGCACAACGGCAAACCAAGCAGCCUCAAUACCGCCAUCCCCCACAGCCUGCACAACAGCAACCCCAGCAGCCUCAAUACCGCCAUCCGGCACAACGGCAGACCAAGCAGUCUGCACAACGGCAGCCCAAGCAGCCUCAAAACCGCCAUCCACCGCAGCCUGCACAACAGCAGCCCAAUCAGUCUGCACAACGGCAGCCCAAUCAGUCUGCACAACGGCAGCCCAACCAGCCUGCACAACGGCAGCCCAACCAGCCUGCACAACAGCAGCCCAAUCAGCCUGCACAACAACAGCAGCCCAACCAGCCUGCACAACAGCAGCCCAAUCAGUCUGCACAACAGCCGCCCAACCAGCCUGCACAACAGCAGCCCAAUCAGCCUGCACAACAGCAGCAGCUUAAUAACAGGAAUGACGGCUCCUGGAAUCCAGUGAAGGAUCGUAGACGGCGGCGAGAUUGGGUUAACUAUAACUCUGAUGGUAGGUUUGAAGAAAGUUGUUCUCGACAGGCCAGGGUUGCGAAUAAGGAAUUUUUGAUAAAUCCUGCUGAAUUUCCAACCCUGAGCAGUAAAUAA